AUGAGAUCUCAAAGAGAAGUUGUAAGUAAUGAAAAUUCUCAAAGGCUAAAAUCCAUCAAUUCGGAUAAUUUGGAUUCUCCAUCAGCAAAGUUUCAUCAGAUAGCUGAUCGAAGAGAUGAUCAGUUUUCUCCAACUGUACCUUCUACUAGCAACCUUCAUCUCCGUCAACGUAUUACUAAACUGUUUUCGCGAAAAUUGGAUUGGGCAGCUAUUAGGAAAAUGUGCAAAGAGUGGUUCAAAAAUCCGAUGAAUAUUGUAUUUUUUAUCUGGAUUGUAUGUGUAGUUGUAUCUAGUAUAAUCAUGCUUCUUCUGAUAACGGGGGCGUUGAACCAUGCGAUCCCUAAUAAAUCUCAGAGAGAUACGUGGAAUGAAGUGAUUAACCAAAUUCUCAAUGUGUUGUUUACUCUGUUAUGUCUGUACCAGCACCCGCAAAGGCUAUCUCACUUUAAUCUUUUAAUGCGAUGGAGGCCUGAAGAUAUUUUCAGGAUGAGAAAGGCUUACUGCAAAAAUGGAACUUAUAAGCCCAAUGAAUGGACACAUAUGAUGGUGGUUGUCGUAUUACUUAAUCUCAAUUGUUUUGCUCAAUAUGCUCUGUGUGGGCUUAAUUUGGGUUACAAGAGAUCAGAAAGACCAGCUAUUGUGGUAGGCAUAUGUUCCUUUGUUGCAGUUUUGGCACCAGCCAUUGCUGGAGUUUACUGUACGCACAGCCCUCUAGGAAAAGAUUAUGAUACUAAGUUAGACAACAACGAAGCACAAGUUCGAAAAACAGCUGUCAAGAGCAAGCAGUGCUAG